UAGUUUAAUUAAACGAAAAAAUACUGCACUGCACUUUAUCCGUAGAUUGGCAGAUUUUUUAAAAAACUAAACCUGGUCACUCUAUACUCAAUAUUUUUGAUUGUUGUUUCUCACUCGAAAAAAAUAUAAACAAACGAGUGAAUACUAAAAUGUGCGGUCCGGCGACGCGUUUUAUUUAUGCGGCUUAAUACCGCUUGCUUAAAAUUAUUACAACUUGGCAGCACAACAACGCUGAAGCGUGAGCCACCAUGGUGAAGAUCCUGCAGGCCUACAACUUUGCCAGGCAACAGACCUACGCUCUGAACGGCGAUAUCCUGGCUGCCAGUCUGAUCGGUAACAACCGGAUAGCCAUUAGCAGUGCAGAGCAGUUCAUUGAGAUCUACGACAUUUCGGGCAAGCAACCCCAGUCAGAGGAAACCAGGAGGGCACAAUCGGUAGAAGAAUCAUCCAAUGACGCGCCCGGAGAAACUUGCACUAGCGGUGCCGAUGAGAGAACGCCGAGCAGAAGCACGCUGGCAACAGUGGGCGAGGUGGUGCAACUGAUUUACUGUGAGGCUGGCAAAUACCUGCUCACCUUGGAGAAGGAGCAGGCGGGUAGUCCGGUGCACUCCUCUUCGACCAUCAGCUGCACCUCGAGCAGCAACAGCAAUACGGUCUGCUCCGAGGACGACACCAAAAUGUUUGUACGCAUAUAUGCAAACUUCUGGAAGUUCCCGGACAGUCGGCUAAAUGAGCUACCCAUCACCAUUCGGAUAGCGUCGAUGACCACGCCCAAGACGCCACUGGUGGAGAGCAUCGAUGUUAUCGAGUUGCCACUGCGCAGUCCGCCGGAGCUGGUGCAGUGCUGUCAGACCUCCGGCAACAUCAUUGUGAGCAGCCGUGACAGGAUCUACCUGUACGAGUAUACCCAGUGUGUUCACGAGAACACUCAGCCCAGAUUCGCCUUCAUCGACUUCCUGCCCUUCAAGUUUUUCGUGCAGCUUAAUUUCGUUCCAGUACGACUGAGUUUGGCGGAGAACGUUAUCGCCUGCCUCAGUCAUCGCUAUUGCGUGGCCUUCAAGGUGGUGGAUGCUCUCGCGAGCAGAGUAAGUGGAGGUCAGGAUGUGAGCUGCCUGGAUAAUGACUACGGUGGCGGGGACGAGCCACUUUCGGAGUCUAUAAGUAUGGGAAGCAAGGGUAGUGCGAGUGGCGCCGGUGGAGGCGUGGUCAGUUCAAGCCACAGCCAGCAAAGCUGUGAAAGUGACUCCCUGCAGUCGACAAGUAGCGGAAAACCACAAGUAGUCAUGAAUGGAGCCUUGCCGGGACGGUCGCCGUUAGACUUCAAUGUAGCAAAACUGGUGAAUAAUGCCUACGGCAGGGAGUUCGAGCCGGAAUUGCGCUCUCAGUGGGAUGAGGGCGACUUCGGGGCAGGAAAGAGUCAGGAUGACAGCCAGGAUAUUACCAUCAGCCCCCAACGAGCCGCUGACAUUAAAAUCAAACUGGUCAAUGAGGCCAAGGCCAUGAAUGUAAGGGGUAUCGCGGGUGGCAUCCAUCUUGACGAUGCCUCGGUGCAAUAUGAUGUGCGUAAACUAUUGCAGAUCUGUAUAAAGACCUCGGAGAACCAGCCGCGUGUUCUGGAUAUUCUUCGUUGUAUGGACCUCAAGGCCAUCUACCAAAGAAGCAAUCAGGGAGUGGACCAAGAGGACGACGAGUACGAUAUGGGCAACCAACAGGUGCCCAGUGCAGUGACCACCUUCAAGCAUGUCAACCGCCGGACUCUUAAGUCUUCGCAGCAUCAGAGGUGCAUUGGUCACGCUCUCCUGGUGGCAAGCAGUGUGGACGGUUUCUUGUACCAGUUUUCAGCCCAAGGAAAGUGGUACAGUGAGAACGAAAAGCCGGUGGCCUGCUACAGCUUUACGGCCCCGGUCAUCCAGGUCCACAUCAACGACUACGUCGUAUAUGCAGUGACUUCCGAGUCCGUGGAAACUCACACCUCGCGCAUCGGUCACAAGCUCUUUCAUAAUCGCUUUGAGUAUCCUUCGAUUGGCGGCUUGUUCCCAGAGGAAUCCGCUCCGGAUGUCAGUUCGCCCAUUGCAGUCGUAGGACUCGCGGCCUUCAUGCACGUUCAAUUCGUGUGUGUGAACAGGGAACAGUUGGUGCUCAUCACAAACGCAGCUCUGGAACAGCACAAACGACGCAGUAUGGGCGAGGUACCCAGCGCUCAAGUGGUGACUGUCAAGAGGAACAUUGCCGCUCGCCUGCUGGCCGAGGCAAAGGCCAAGCAUAGUAGUCUGCUGAGGAGCAGCAGUGCAGCCCAGUCCUCGUCGGUGCCCAACGAGUGGACGCUUUACAACCUAGAGGUGCCUAAGGUGGAGUGCGUUAUCGAGGACCUUGAGGGCAUUGCAGAAUCGUAUCGCAGUGCGAGCAGCUGCAAUUUCUACGAUCUCAUGGAGGAGGCGCAUGUCAUGCUUAGGCUAGGUCUCACUCUGCAGGGUGAGCGCUUGGGGACGGAGCGCGAGCUCCUGCUUCGAAAAAUGUUCGUGGAAAACUGCCGAAGCCUGGCGGAUUUCUCAAUACGUUCCAGCAAACAGGAGGUGUAUCUGCAGGCUACAGGUUUCUACAGGAUGUGUCAGCUUCAUCUCGUUGACAUCUUCAAUCACUAUAUAGAGAACUUUAUGGACGGUGAAAGUGAGGAGAUACCUGAGCUCGCAGGACUGAUCUAUACAGUAAAGCUGUUUUUGCUUAGCUUGGGGACAGAUCGCUCAAAGUCGGCCUUCCUAAAUCAAACAGUUCGUCCUUACUUUACGCCAGCUCGUGUGAUUCAUCAGGGAUACAAACAAGUUCCACUCUCGCUGGAGUUCCUUAACAUGUUCAUCAAGCAUGCACCGGCGGACAUUCCGCAGAUAAUGUUGGUCUCACCAGUUGUGGGGGACUCUAUGAGUGGAGAGCUGAUUAACUAUUUGAAGUACUUGAACAAGCUUUCCCCCGAUGAAAACCUGCUGCUGGCUGUGACUGCCUGCCGAAUGUCCAACUAUUUGCUGGCCCAGGAGAUAGUUUCAAAGUCCUCGAGGCGGAACUUGGCCACCGCACUAAUUCGGCACAAGAAUGUUUUGUUCGACGACAGUACUGUGAUCUAUCAACGGCGACAUCAGCAGCAAGCUGAUUCUCAUGCAUCGGGAUCGCGGUCUAAGAAAUCUCGGCGAAUGGGAGGGAAGAGCAGAUCCGCUGCGUCUGGUACGCCAACUCCAAAUAGCAUCGUGUCCUUCUCAGAUUUCUGCGAGACGAUUCUGCUGGCCAACGAGCAGCCAGCUUUAAUAGAAGCAAUCAGCGAUGCCUUUAUCCAUGCGCUAUGCAUCGAGCAUAGCAUGACUUUAGACGUAAUUUUGCAGUUGUUCCUCAACUACAUUGCCUCGCACAUCGGUCAGAAAGGAUACCAGACCUCUCAGAAAGUGCUCGUUAACAUUCUGCAGGUCUACUUCUACGAUCUUUAUGACGUUAGCUCGUCUCUACAGCCGCAUGAGAUUCGAUCGCAAACACCGCCACAACUGGACGACGACUAUGAUGAAGAGUGCAGCAGUUCUCGGGCGCCUUCACUGCACAGCGAAGCGGAUGCCCAGUCACUGUCUAGUUCUUGUGCUAGUUCGGCGCAUGAAGAACGUUCAGCUAGUCUGUCGAUCAGUAACAGACAGCAACGAAUCGUCUACGACCAACUGCAGGAGCAACAGUCUUCUCCCUUUCAGAAGCGCAAUUCAAAUGCCUCGCUAUCACAGCCCCAACCAGAUGACGAUGUGGCUGCCAGCAAUCUUAAGGGUCUCAAAAUCCUGUUUCGAAUGUACAUGGGCCGGUUGAAGGCCCUGAGUGAUCUCAUCACAGACCUACAGUCCGCGGACAUCGAACAGCAAGCGAGCCGAGAGGAGUUCAUGAACCUGCGAAUGGAAUGCAUCUCAUACAUGGUGGGAAUGGCACCUAAUUAUUGUCCCAAGCCGAUAAUAAGGAAUCCCAAUGAUCCGCUGUCUGGCAAACUUAUUUAUGUUCCCAUCAUUCCGGACUAUAAGUUACCCGAGGGAGCAGAGUAUGAUCGCCACAUUAAGAGCUAUAUUCGCCCAAUUCCCUGCCUACUGGAGCGACCUCAGUAUCUUAAUCGCCUUCCUCCCUUCGAACGCAGCGACUUUAGCUAUCCAAACAAGGACGACGGCGAGUUCGAGGUUCGCUUUCUCAGCUGGCAUAACGAGUUGCUAACCCUCACCCUGAAAAUUCAGAGUUUGCUAAGUUCCACCAAGGUGGAUCGUGAGAUUAUCUCGGAGUUUCUUGCUUUCAUACAGAAGACACCGCAUUUGAUGGGCAUCGACAGCUUCUUAGUCAUUGUGUUGCCUAAAAACUUGGCCAUAAACUAUCUGCUUAGCUUUUGUCCAGCCUUUUUGUGGCAAUAUGGAAAGUCCUGCGGAUUUACGCCCAAGCACUGGGAGAGCCUGUUGCGGAAAAUUCUCAGCAAACAGGAGGCGUUGCCUAACUGGAAGGCACACAUUACGGAGAUCUUAAACAAUCUGGUGGCGGAACUGAGCUUUGAAGAACUUCUGCAAUGCUUUCCCAGCGAGGUGAUUCAAAAUAGAAACGCGGCGCAGUACUUUGCCAAGGAAUUCUCCGAGACGACUGUUCUUUAUGAGCAUGAUGAGCUUGUCUUUAAGACUCCUGAUCGCAAAGAGGGACACAGAGAACACAUGCCGAUGGACAACAUAGACGAGGACAAUGUGUUCGAGCUAACGCUUCGCAAGGCGGUCGCCAAGCAGCGGAGCAUUGCAUUGAGGUCGAUGAUCGAAUCCACAGGAACCCAGCUGUUUGACGCUACCAGUAAUCCUAUGUACAACCUGUAGACGGUCUACAUUCCACGUUGAACUAGUUAAAGGAAGUUAUCAAAUUGAAAUUCGAUGAGAUUGAUUGAUAUUAACGUAGCAGAGUAGUGAGCACGGAAAGCUUUGAUUCUAAUCCAUAAAUUGGUCGAUAUAUAUUUUGUAGUUUUAGGACACACCCAUGACGAGGCAUAAUUUAUAGACAUUCUAUGUGACACAAAACGCAACAUGAUUUAUGGAGCUGUGCUGAUGGGGAACAACUCCUAGGCUGAAGGUUGUAAAAUAACAAGCUCGUAGCGAACUUACGCGGUAGUUGCCAUAUUUAUUAAAACAGAUUCAUGAGCGGUAGCUUCUAGGAAACCCCAUCUCUAUUUGCACUUGUAUGCAAUGCUUAUCCAAGUUUCCUUUGAACUGUAUUUUAGAAACCUUAAAGUAUUUUUACUGUAUUAUUAUAUUAGUUUCAUAGUCCCCUUAUUAAUCUAACACACCCAGGCACACUCUCUUACGACAACAACAAAAUCAAGUGAUAUUUUUAAUUCUUUCAUUGAAUCUGAACAAUAAAAGCAUAAUUACAUUACAAUA